AUGUUUGAGUGGGCUUAUAGUGGUGCAAACAAAGCUGUUCCUAGAAAUGUGGGACCCGAAUGUGCUUAUUUUUUAUCCACCAAAAGGCAAAUAAUAGAAACAAUAGUCGUGGUUUCAACUUGUGUAUAUAUUUCAAUUAAGACAUUUCCAAAAUUAUCUGUACCUCAAGAUACAAAUUAUGUUAAAAGUGAUAGAGGUGGUAAAAGGUUAUUGGUAAUACUUCUGGCUCUGUUAUGGGGGAUGGAAAUUGGUUUUAAAUUUGCCUCUCGUACAGUUAUAUAUUUGUUGAAUCCUUGUCAUGUUACAACAUUGAUACAGAUAUAUUUAUUGGCUGCACCACCUAGUAAAACUGUAACAGCUUUGUUUCGCAUCCAUUUAAAUUUGUUAAAUGGACCUCUAUUAGCAUUUUUGUUUCCUGAAACAGCUUCAAGGAAGAUAUUUGCUGAAGCUGCUCUGUACUGGAUCCAACAUGGCAUGAUGUUUGUCAUACCAUAUUAUCUACUGAGGAUUGGUGGCCCCUACAACAUAGAACCCUUUUGGGAUUUUCAUUGGUCAAUAUUCAGCUAUUGCCUAAACAUGAUAUAUCACUUCAUCGUUUUACAACUCAUUGCAAUUCCUGCUCAAGUAAACUUAAACCACAUGCUCUGCCCAGCUAUAUUAGAUCCAUUUGAUGGACCAUGGUACAGAGUGGCAGCAGUGACUCACCAAGCACUACUGUGUCCUUUACUUUGUAAAUUGUUUUGUCUCAUUUCCGAUUUCUGCCUAACAAAAUUCCCGCCUACUAAAGUAAAGCCGCAUAUGAAGGAUUCUCUUAUGGAUAGCCGUGCUGUUACUGUCACAUACCCAACCGAGCACCAUAAGGACUAG